AUGCGAUGGCAUUGGCGCAAGGUUCAUGGCUGGUCGCCCUACGGCCGUGGUGGUUAUGUUCUUCGUGCACAACGGAUCCAGAGUGAGGCUGAGCUGAGGCAGUCAUAUACCGUGGUGACCUGUCAGCAGAUCUUCCCGUCGCGCAAAAGUUCCCACUACAUCCAUGUACGAGGAGGCGAGAGGGAGCCACAUAUUCCUGUUUCUACAGACCAGGUGGACCUGGCGAUCGAGGCCGUACAGAAGGCAGUCGAGCAGGCGCAGGCUCGGGCUGGCCCGAUUGUCGAGGCGGAUGACAUCCGCGAUGCCAACCUCUGGCUACGGAUGACAGGAUGGACGCGAUACCUCCAGGAUAUCCCGUUCAGUGCAUUAUACGCCAGUGUGGAAACCCCCGUUACCCGACAGUGA